AUGAAUGCUGAUAAAUUAAAGAGUUUAAAGAAUUUCUUUGAUUCGGAAUACUUUACUCCUGAGAUGCUUUUGCAAAAUAUUUCAAAAUAUAGGGAUUAACCUGAUGUUUUAAAUUUAUUAGCUGAAUGUAUGAUAAAAAUACCAGAGAAGACAAUAACAUUUUAUUCACCUUAAUUUUGUUAAUUGCUUAUAAAGACAGAAGUUUAAUAACUAUUUGAUUUCUUUAAGAAGUUGUGUAAUCAAUCAAUGUCAAUGUUUUUUAAUGUACAUAAUUUAUAUGAACGUUAAAGUUGUAUUGGUUAUUGGGGGCAUAUCUAUAAUUAGAGAAGCAUAAGAAGAAGAAGUAGAAGAUAGAUCAAUUAUUAAGAGUAUUUGUGUAAAAUUAAUAUUAGUAAAUGGAAAUGUCAAUGGUAAAUGGUUAAUUUAAUGAGAAGAGAUUUGAAUAAUUAGAUAAAGAAGAAUAGAAUAAAAUCUUAUUAAAAGAUUUUUAAGAAAAAGAUUUAAGAUAAGAAUAUUUUACAGAAGUAUAAAGAUUUAUGGGAACUUUGAUUAAACAUUCUUUAGUAUUGAAAGAAUUUGCAAAAGAGGAUCGUAAACAUCAUCUAAAAUUACUUAUAAAAAAAUAAAAUUAAAAUUUAUAGAGAAUAGUAAAGAAAUUUUAAUUAGGAAUAUCAUUACCAUUUUAUGAUGAUGAUAAAUAAUAGAAUAAUUCUAAUUGUAUAGUAAAUAUUAUGGAAAAACAUUAAAUUUGUUUUCAUACUAAAAAAAGAGUACCUUAUUUGAUAUUAGUAGAAACAAUUAAGUAAAAAUUUUGUUUAUUAGAGAUAGUCCCAUAGAAAUGAAUCAAUAUCAGGUUAUACCAGCAUAAUUGUAGGCCAAUAUUGAAGUAGCUGGUUAUAUUGAGGCUUAAUUGAAUGAUUAAGGAUUUGAAAGAUAAAUGGCAUAAAUAGAUUUGGAAGAAUAAAAAUUAUAUCAUGAAGCUUUAGAGAAAAUUAUGAAAAUGGAAAAGAAAGGAAAACGAUAAAGUUAGAUAAUGUAAAGUAUUGAUCAAUAUAUGUAAAAAUAAGUGAAAGUAACAUCAAUUGAUAACAAUAGAAAUAAUAAAUCUCUGAUGAUUAAGACAAAAAGAAUACAGAAUAAUAAUAAUAAUAAUAAUAAGAUGUAUUUCAUCAUAAAAGAUUAUUAUCAUUAUAAACUAUUAGAUUACCUUAAAAUAUACGAAAAUCAAAAUCUUAAGAAAAGAAUGAAGAUAAACAUAAUGAAUUUCAGAAAUAAUUAUAAAUGAUAUUACCAGUAGAAAAAUUAUAUAUGCUUAAUAAAUUUAAAAAAAGAAAUUUUCUAUUAUGGGAAUAAGUAAAUUAAUUAUAUAAUUAAAAAAGAGUUGGGAAGAAAAAAUAAAAAGUUACAAAAAAGAAUCAAGAUACCAAAACUUUCCAUCUUUUAAGAUUAGACCUAUUAUAAUAAAAGGAGGUGAUGAUCUAAGAUAAGAAAUGUUUGCAAUUUAAAUGAUGAAAUAAUUCAAUAAGAUAUUUAAAGAAUCAGAUUUGAAUCUCUAUUUAAGACCAUAUUAAAUUAUUGUUACUUCAGCUAAUUCUGGAAUUGUAGGUAUUGUAUAUGUACAUUUAAUAGAAUAUAUUCCAAAUACAAUAUCAAUUGAUUCACUUAAGAAAAUGUUCGGAAAUGGUACUAAAACAUUAUACUAAAUAUAUUAAGAAGUAUUUGGAAACUCAUUUGAAGAAGCAUAAAAGAAUUUUAUUGAAAGUUUAGCCAGUUAUUCUUUGUUUUCAUAUUUGAUGUAGGUAUAAAACAAUAUUACUUAAUUGAUAGAUUAAAGAUAGACAUAAUGGAAAUUUAUUAAUAGAUGAUAAAGGUCAUAUUAUUCAUAUUGAUUUUGGUUUCUUAUUGUAAACAUCUCCAGGUGGUGUUAAUUUUGAAUCAGCACCUUUUAAAUUGACAUAAGAAUAUUUGGAAUUAAUGAAAGGUAGAGAAAGUGAUUAUUUUGGAUAUUUCAAAUCAUUAAUGACAAAAGGAUUUUUAGCUUUAAAGAAGUAUGUAAUAGAAAUAGAGAAUUUCUUUAAAAUAAUGGUUGAAAAAUCAGAUUUGCCUUGUUUUGCUAAUUUAGAUUUAAAGGUAUUUACUAAUAGAUUUUAAUUAAAUGCAACUGAUUAAGAAGUAUAAAUAUUUAUAUAUAUAUCUAUAGAUUAUGAGUUUAGUAGAUAGAUUGAUAAAUUAAAGUUUAUCAAGUUGGAGAACAGCUUAAUAUGAUAAUUUUCAGAAGAGAACAAAUGGAAUAUUGCCUUGA